AUGGCUGCAGCAGCUUUGCAGAGAGGCCCGUGUUUCAGAUCUGACCCGGGAAUGGCUGGCGGAAUGGAGAAUCGCUCCAGGAAAAGGCAAGUUCUGUCUUUCUUUCUAUGUUUGUGUGUGUCCCUGGGGCCGUGUGAGACGAUCCGCUAUUCUGUGCCUGAAGAGAAGAAAAGCGGGUCCCUACUUGCUAAUAUUGCAAAGGAUUUGAAAUUGGAUAUAGGGAAAUUGUCUGGUCGCAGUGCCCGGCUGAGUUCUAAAAGCACCAAGCAAUAUUUUGAGCUGAACACAAGCUCUGGGGAUGUGGUAAUAAAGGAGAAAAUAGACCGUGAAGAUCUGUGCGGACAGAGAGAUCCGUGUUUGCUGCAAUUCGAAAUUGUGUUGGAAAAUCCACUGCAGCUGUACAGAAUGGAGGUGCAGAUAGAUGAUGUGAAUGACAAUAACCCUAAAUUCUCUAAAAAUGAAUUUAUUUUAAAAAUACCUGAACUACUCCCUGUAAAUAGCCGCUUCCCCUUGGAAAGGGCCCAAGAUUCAGACAUAGGAACAAACGGCGUCCAGAGUUAUGCAAUGAACUCCAAUGAGCACUUCAGUCUGGAUAUGCAUUCCCGGGGGGACGGCAGUAAAUACGCGGAGCUGGUAUUAGAGAAACAAUUAGAUCGGGAGGAGCAGGCGCAGUUGAUGCUGAUUCUCACAGCUGCCGAUGGGGGCCUGCCACAGAGAACCGGCACAGCCCAAAUACGCGUUAACGUGCUGGACAACAACGAUAACUUCCCGCAGUUUAGUCAGUCGGUGUACAAGGUGCAGUUAAUGGAAAAUAGUCCGCGAGACACUUUGGUCACUAAGGUUGAAGCCAGUGAUUUGGAUCAAGGUUCAAAUGCAGAAAUCACCUAUUCAUUCGGGCAGGUGCCUGACAAAGUCCUCGAGUUAUUUCAGCUAAAUCCGUUCACUGGCGAAAUCACUGUUUUGGGAAUAAUUGAUUUUGAAGACGCAGCAAUGUAUGAAAUAGAAGUUCAGGCCACCGAUGGCGGGGGUUUAUCUGCGCACUGCAAAGUCCUGGUGCAAAUUGAGGACAUGAAUGACAACACCCCGGAAGUGACGCUGACAUCCCUCACCAGCACCAUACCUGAGGAUUCCUCCCCUGAGACAGUGGUGGCCCUGUUCAGUGUGAGAGACCGAGACUCCGGGGACAAUGGCAGAACGCUCUGCUCCAUUCAGGACAAUGUCCCUUUUGCUUUAAAAUCGACUCUGAAGGAUUAUUACGAGCUUGUUACACAAAAGCCCCUGGACCGAGAGAAAGUGCCUGAGUAUAACAUAACCAUCACAGCCACAGACCGGGGGACUCCGAGGCUCACCUCAGUGAGGAUCGUCCGAGUUCAGCUAUCGGAUAUUAAUGACAACGCCCCUGUAUUUAAUGAAAGUUCAUACGUCAUGUACCUGAAGGAGAACAACCACCCGGGCCUGUUGAUUGGAACUGUCCAUGCUGCUGACCUAGACACAGAGCAGAAUGCCAAAGUGACGUAUUCGGCAUUGCCUGGCAACAUCGGUGACCUCCCCUUCUCCUCCUCCAUCUCCAUAAACUCCGAGAACGGGAACGUGUACGCUCUGCAGUCUCUGGAUUAUGAGCAAACGAGGGAUUUCCAGGUUACAGUGAGAGCUGCAGAUGGUGGGUCCCCUCCACUGACCUCUGAAGUCAUCGUCCGGGUUGUGAUAAUUGAUGAAAAUGACAACGCCCCCUUCAUUUUGUACCCUCUGCAGAACAGCAGCUCCCCAGCUAAUGACCUGGUUCCUAGAUCGGCAGAGGCGGGUUACCUGGUGACGAAGGUGGUGGCUGUGGAUGGAGAUUCCGGUCAGAAUUCUUGGCUUUCCUACCAGCUGCUCAAGGCCACAGACCCAAGUCUUUUCGCUGUGGGGCUCCAAACCGGGGAAAUAAAAACCAGCAGGCUUAUAAUGAGCCCAGACUCUGUUAAACAGAAACUUAUUGUCCUGGUUAGAGACAACGGAGAGCCGCCCAGAUCCACCACCUCGACGCUUAAUGUGCUUCUGGUGGAUGGGUUUUCAGACGCCUACAUGCAGUUUCUGGAUGUACCAGGAGAGGAGGAGCAGCAGGACACGUUAACCCUGUAUCUAGUCAUUUCCUUGUCUUUCAUUUCAUUCCUUUUUCUGGUUUCUGUGGUAACGAUUAUCGCCAUCCGGCUAUACAAGACAAGGCAGUGCCGAGAGCAGUAUAUUUCAUCGUCCAGGAACUUUUAUUGUGACUCCAACUUCCCCACAAAUCCUGCGGAGACGAGCGGCACUGGGAUUCUGCCUCAAUCUUAUUGUUAUGAGGUUUGCUUGACAACUGGGUCUGGCACCAGCGAAUUUAAAUUUCUCAGGCCGCUGGUACCGUCUCUACCCGCUGACCCCAUCGCUGCAGGAGGGUCCAUACUUGACUCUCAGAUUAACUCUCAGCUAAAAGGGGAGAAAGAAUCGAUGAGAGAGCUGAGCCACGAGGUGGCGAUAUUAGCAAAGACGGUGCUGAAAAUGCUGCCUUUCGGACUCCGUCAGCACUCAGUGGAAGCUGUACUCAGACAUCUGGAUCCAGACGGCAACGGCUCUGUGCCGUUGACAAAGGAUUACAGGGAAAGGGCGGCUGAAUAA